UCGUAUUGGUUAAGUUAUUCAAAAUAACAUAAUAAAAUCUCUGAUUCUUGUUGGGCUUAGAAUCCCUAGACACCCAUAACAUAUAUAUACUGAAGUCUUCAUAUCUUAACAUGUAUGGUUGAUGGGGAGUUGAAUGUGAUACAGAUCUGUUGUUAUCCCGAAAUUGAUACACGAAGUAGCGAAGAACUGAUUAGAAAAUUGAGGAAGAAAUCAUGAGGGGUGAUUUUGUUAUACCAGCUGUAAAACUGCAAGGAAUGAUAGGGAUGAUUUUGUUUUGAGUAAUAUAAUUAUGACAAUGGUUAAAGAUUAUGUUUAUAAACACAAGCUGAGAUAUGGGUUGACCGACCACAAUGUAGUUCAUAUUUGUAUUUGUGAUUUAUACUUAGAGUAACUAAGUACUUACUAAGUUAACGAAGCCGAACAAAAUUCAAAUAUAAAUGUAAUUAGUUUGGUAGUCGUUAACUAAACUUCAAUUAUACAUUUAUACAUAAGCCAUGUUUCAUCAAGUUUACUUCUAGUUUUCUUUAUAAACUUCAUAACGUUGCAACCUAAUAAUCAAAAUUAGGUUGGAACACUCGUCCGUAGCAAUACGAAUGCAGUCGUUGAGAUUGAAAUCAAAGUGAUUUCAUUUCAAUUAGAUGGUUUAACAAUAUAAUGUUUUGAUCCGGUUUGAUUGGAUCAUUUGAUAUGCUCUAAGCGAACCAAACAAACCUGCUCAAGUGGAGAAGGAAAAGAUAAGAUUGCCGGUUGCAUGUUCCCCUAAACUCAAAUCUCAAUGUUUUGUAAUCUUUCAACAUCUUUCCUCUUCGCAUGCCCACCUUUCUCCCCUUUCUACUCUAUCUUAGAUAUUGUUGAAGUUUUAUUAAUUAAACAAUGUUUUGAAGUUAAAAUAAUUUUCUUAGGGUUAAAACAAAUAAUAUUAUUGAACAGCUGUGUGUUACCGCGUUUCUUAAUUACAUAUAAAUAAAGUUCCAUAAAAUAAUUUCUUUGUUGAAUCUCAAGACAAUUAGAUUAUUUAUUUCUCUGAAGAAGUUCAUUUUAAGAAGAGCAAAUCUCGAAUAUUUAUAUACGUGUGCAUGUGCAUCUUGUUCCUUUCCCUAUACAAUACAAUACCGCAUUCGGAAUGUUUCUGUAUAUGUUUUGCUUCAUUAUGUUAGUUCAAUGCAUAUAUAUAGACAAACAUAAAAUGUGGUAUUACACGGAUUGUUAUUUCGAAACCCAUAAUGUAAUAGAUUUGACAAUGACAAUAAAAUAUUUAUGAUGUCAUGAAAGUGUAGUUCAUUGGAGAAUUCAAAGCGAGCCAUGCAAAUCUCAAUGUCAAUGAACCAAGAAAAUCAAGACCAUAUUCAUCUCCUCUUGAUUCACUUCCUUUUUAUUUACAGCACCUCUUUCUUCUUUUUAUUCUCUAUAUAAACUCUUCAAGUCCUGUUCUCCUUCAUCACAAGUCUUUCAAUUGCUCUCCUUCUCUCUCUUUUCCAUCACCCACAAGGGGUUUUUUUUUUUUCUGGUACCCAAAUUCUCAACCUUAAAUAACAAAAAAAAAGGUCUCAAAAUAGAAACCCUAAUUAUCAUGGCCGAAUUCAAGAGAAAGUUCAACAAAGGUCAUGCCUUCACAAGCAAAUGUGUUUCCUUGGUGAAGGAACAACGGGCUCGUCUCUAUAUUCUCCGCCGUUGCGCCACCAUGCUUUGCUGCUGGUACAUCCAUGGCGAUGAAUAGAGAGAGCUCUUUGAGUUCUCAUUCAAAUGAACCCCCUACAUAUAACUCUAGAUAUGUAUAUAUAUUCCGCUCCUCCCAUCUCUUCUUCUUGAAGCUCCGUUAUAAUGCUGAAGAUCUUUGUUGGUGUUGUUGGCUUGCAUGGCAUGAUCCUUCUCCACGAAAUUUUGAUUCUCUCUCUUCUAUUGAUGCAAAACCCUGAAAACUUUGGUUUUUUUUUGUAACCUAAAGAAUCAAUCUUCUGGUUAUUUUUUUUGUUAUUUUGCAUCAACCAAAAGAG